AUGUUCACCAAGACUUUUGCCGCCCUCUCCCUCGCUGCUUUGGCCGCCAAAGCCAUCAUCACCCCCACCUCCCCCGACGGUUCCACCUCCGUCAAGGUCGGCGAGGAGAUUGAGGCGCUUUGGACUGUGGACUCUGUCGAUGACUGGAGCAACGUCGAGAUCCAGUUGAUGACUGGUCCCAACCUUGCUAUGGUUGCCCUUGCCACCGUCGCCACUGGUAUCGACGGUACCUCCGCUUCUUCUUACACCUUUACGGCGCCGGACGUCAGCCCUUACUCCAAGAUCUACUUUUUGCAGUUCACCAACGGCGGUGACAUGAGCAACGUUACUUGGACCACCCGAUUCACCAUUGCUGGCAGUGAUGGAUCUACCACCGAACCUACCGACACCACCGACUCUGUCGAGUGGGGUACUGGUUCCCUCCUCACCACUAUCUCCAACUCCACCUCCUCUUCUACCGACUCGUCUUCUGCCUCUGCCUCGGCUUCGACAUCUUCUGCCGCUUCCGUCGCUGCCAACGUCGCGUCGACCUCUUCUGAGGCUGCGUCCGGCUCUGCCGCUUCUUCCGGCUCUUCCGACAGCUCUUCCUCCGCCGCCGGAUCCUCCUCCUCCUCCACCGCCUCUGCUUCUCCCGCCAACGCUUCCUCCUCUUCGUCUACUUCUGCCGCUGGCAAGCUUGAGGUCGGUGUGGUCGCUGCCCUCUUGGGCGGUGUUGCUGCUCUUGCCUCUUUCUUCUAA